AUAAUAGCCUAAUAGUCCACUCCAAAUUUUAUUAAACCGGAACGGAAAUUCUUUUAUGCGGGGCUCCUAACCCAUUUCAUGUAUAAUGUUCUUACAAAUACCAGACAGUGUUUUUGUGGAACGUUCAAUACAUUUUCUUAUUUUUACUUGUGAACUCAGUGUAGGUUUAUUUUUCUUAAAUGAUAUUUGCAGAUUAUAAGAGCUUGGCACACCAAUGCUCAGCAGCAUGCUGCUAAUACUGCUGUGAAAGUCUGGAGGUUAGAACAACUUCAAGCUCAACUUAGCAGAGGUAAAUUAGAGAGAGCAUUCUUAGCAUGGAAGCAUUGUGCUAAGACGGAAGCAGAGGAGAGGAGGAGAGAGAUGAAAGCAGAUGUCUUCCAUUGUAAGAAACUUAGACAGAGAUGCUUCCAACAAUGGCAAGCAUACAGGCUGCUCUGCAUCAAGAAAGCUCUCAUGGCUAGGCAGGCUUUGUGGUUGAACAAGAUCAGGAUGCAAGCAAAGUUUUACAGCAGGUGGAAACAUCAGCUUAGCGAAGGCCAGGAAGAGAAUGGCAAGACGGUGAUGGCGCUAUGGUUAUGGAGCAUUAGACUCCAGCAGCGCACCCUCCAUGCCUGGAUCGGCUACAUGAAGGAGCGGCGGAGGAAGAAAGACCGGAUCACCCAGGCCCUGGAGUCAAGGAGGGUGGAGCUGCUGAGGGAGGGGGUCAGACAGUGGCUGAUGGUGGCUGGUAGCCUAGGGGAGAGAAGAGCUGCAGUUGCUGCUAAGCAUCAUGCUCAGACAUCCUUGAAGUCCUACCGAGUGGUUCAACGCUGUGCUUCUCAUUGGAGGCAGAAGACCAUCGCUAACAGAGGAAAGAAGCGGCACCGCAACUCGACCCAGAGGAAGGUCAGAUUUGAGGAUGAGCCUCCCACAAGAGGUCAAGGGUCAGAGGUCACUCUGCCACUCAUAACCCAAAGGUCAAGCAUGCUCCUGGAGCCGUUAGGAUCGAGGGGUAUGCCAGUCAUGAGUAGCUCUGUGGAUGAAAGGAUGUUGGAGCGAGAUGUAGAGGAGAGAACGUUUUCUGUGACGUCCAAAUCUGUGACUGGUAAGAUGCGCCCUCAGCCCAGAAGGCCAGACUUCCUGAGAGAUUCACUCCAGAGAGAGGGCCUAUGGUCGCAGUCAAAGCCUCAAGUGAAAUCAAAUAAUUCUGAAGAAGAACAUGAAAGUACUCCUCUACAGAAAGUAAGAAUACCAUCAUCCCUCCCAUCAUCAAGUAAUGAAAUACCCCUAGAUAGCACAUGGAAUGUUCCAUCGGAUAUGAGUAAGCCAAUCAGAACAAGAGAAUUCAUCCCAGAGAGAGUGCCACUAGAUACUGAAGGAAAUACUAGAUCCUCAGGAUUUGAGGGACAGUCCACUAUACAGGCAACUACUGACUUAAAAUCAGAGAAACAGUCUAGAAGUGAUGAAAGUGGAAAUCAGAAGAAAAUAGAUGCAGAGUUUGCUUCCAGCACUUUGGAUGAGAAUAGACUACCUAUGACUGGAGGCAGCGCUAGUAUUGGUGGACUGGCAGAGGGUGGAGACAGUGUAUCCAGAAUAGAUAUGAAGCCUCCUGUUCUUAUUCCACCAUCUGCUUUCUCAGGCCUCCCGACUGCAUCCAGGACAUCUCAAGUCAAAGGUGCAAGAAAACCUCCAUCUGACAAAGCAAUCAUGUUGCCUAGCAAUGCAUCACACAUUCCCUCUGAUGUUGAGAAGACCCAGAGGUUUGGUGAUGAAGGGCAGGGAGGACAGGACAAGAGCAGAACAGAGUCCCCAGAGGCUCUCUACGCUGAGAUACAGAGGUUGAAGAAUACCCUCCAAGGGUACCAAGAUUUGAAAAACAAACUCAAAAGGUUAAAGAGCCAAGAGGCUGAGCUGCAAGGUUGUGUGAAGGAGCUGAACCUACCUUCAUCAACAGAGGACAGUGCAGCAUUACUUAUCGGGGAUGAACUGACGCAGGUUCAAGAGGAGACAGCCUUACUGUCAUCUCAGCUACAUCAGAGAAAACCUCACAUCAAGAAAAUCCUCUCACAAAUAACUCGACUUACUCAACAAGCUACCGUAUAAAUAGAGAUGGAAUGUACAUUCAGGAUGGAAGUUAAACCAUAUUUCAGAUAACAAUCGAUUCUGCAUGUGCCUCAGAACAGUUUACUAGAUCAAUUGUGAAUUAUAAAUAGUUUGAAAUUGAAUGGAAAACCAACUGGUUAGUGGAUGAUAUGCUUUCCAUGAAAUACUUGAAUAAAUGAAGCUAAAAAUGAAACCCUAAAAUUUCAUGGUUUUCACGAUACACUUGGCUAUUUCAAUUGUUUAUAUUGAUUAUUAUAACAUACAUUCUAGCAUAAUAUUAGAUAAAAUUGAUUUUGUCUGAUCAACAAGUACAGCAAAGUAAGAUGAAGCCCUGUCAAAAAUAGAAUUUAACUAUUCCAUUCUGUCAGUAUUAAACUUUGGUAUGCAAAAUAGGAACUUGUAUGGUUGUGAAUAUUAAUGACAAUAUUAUAUUUUUAA